AUGGCUCAACUCUCUGGUGCCGAGUAUCUGGCCUCCAUUUAUGGUACCGAGAAGGAUAAGGUUUGUUAAUUUAGGUGUUUUCUCUGGCCGAGAACGGCUUGGAUCUCGAUCCUCCCGCAUUUUAGAUACGUACUGCACGUACAAAUGGUGCUCAUUUGGAGUUGCUCAGAAAUUUUAUGGGAUUUUGCGUUUUUUAUAUUACUUUAGAGAAUUUCAGCGUUUUCAGAUGGUUUUAGGUUUUUGCCACGGAUUUUUUUAGAUUUUAGGGCGACUUGGUCUAAAUUAGACAACACAGAGAUCUGUCCUUGUGUGUAAGUGCUCAAGGGACUGCAGGGUGGGGGAAAUUUCAGGGUCAAGUCGGUUGUUUGCAUACAGGUUAUAACUUCUUAUUAUUUUAGGUAAAUUGCUCGUUUUACUUUAAAAUUGGAGCCUGCCGACAUGGAGAUAAGUGCUCGAGAACUCACAACAUGCCUACCUUCUCCCAAACGGUUCUUCUGAAGAACCUGUACCACAAUCCGGUCAUUGACAUGAGACAAGCUGAUGCCUUUUCUAAAGUAAGCUAAUUUUAUUAAUUUUUAUUCUGUUUUUAGGUUGGUCAAGCUAACACGGAGGAGCAAAAGUUCUUUGAUGAUUUCUUUGAAGAAAUCUUUAUGGAGAUUGAUGAAAAGUACGGAAGAAUUGAAGAAAUGAAUGUCUGUGAUAACAUUGGAGAACAUAUGAUUGGUAAUGUCUAUGUCAAGUUUUAUAGAGAAGAAGAUGCCGAGAAGUGUGUCAAGGGGCUGGAGAAUAGAUGGUGGGUUAUUUUCCUUAUUUUUGUUUUGAAAUUUAGACAGGUUUCCAAACAUUAUACAUGAUGAAGCAGAAAAAACGAUAAUAUUUUUCUUUUAGGUUUAAUGGAGAACCAAUCUAUGCCGAACUUUCUCCGGUUACCGACUUCCGAGAAGCCUGCUGUCGUCAGUACGAGUUGGGUGGUUGCCAGAAGGGAGCUUUCUGCAAUUUCAUGCAUCUGAAACCCAUUUCUCGCGACCUCAGAAGGCGCCUUUAUGGUAACCGUGCUCGUUCUCCACCCCGCGGAGGUGGUGGUGGCGGUCGCCGGGGCGGCGGUGGACCUCCAAGACGUGACGACUAUGGCGGCGGUGGUGGCCGCAGACGUUCCAGAUCUCCUCGGCGGCGAUAUUAA